AUGAGUGAAGUUAAGGGAAUGGAUAAGAUAAUGUUAUUUGUAGUUUUUAACGGAAGAUGGAAUGCAAACAAAAAAUACAUUGAUCAUGAAGUGAAAAUAUUGAUGGUGGAAAAGGAUAUCAAGUAUGAGGAAUUGGUAAACAAGAUAUACAAAGAGCUCAGAUUGAAUGAAAGAUUGAUUUCAACAAACUUGAUUUUUGAUGCAAAUAUGGAUACAAGCAAAGGAAUGAAGAUAGAAAGUGAUGAGAAUUUACAAAUUUAUCUAAACUUGAACAAGACUGUGGAAGAGUUGAAAAAAUGUCCUCUCAUCGUUGAAGUAGAACAGAGAAAUCAAACCAUUUCUUUGCCAAGAGAAGCUAGCAUUCCAUCUGCUUUAGCAAGCAAUGCAACAAGUCAAAGUUUGACUCUCACAGACCCCAAUACAAAUACUGCAAGCACUAGCAAGAUGAAGAGCGCCUCAACACAAGAAUCCAACAAAUUUACAGAACAUGGGCAAGAAGCUCAAUCACCUCUCCAUGUGUUGUCGAAUAUGGAGAUUGAAGACAUAAGACUCAAUUAUGUUUUCAAGAAUAAGACUGAUCUAAAACAUACACUUGCGAAAAUAGCCAUCAAGAAACACUUUCAGUACAGAAUUCAAAAAUCAUGUUCAGAAGCAUUUUGGGCAAAAUGCAUAGAUGAGAAUUGUGGCUGGUAUGUACGUGCAAGAAGCUCAAAAGUAUCAGACUACUUUCGAGUUAUCAAAUACCAUAAACACCACACAUGCUCCUUAAAUCACAGAAAUUUUGAAAAUAGACAAGCAAGUGCAAAAAUCAUCAGUAGUUACUUCAAAGAGAAGUUUCGUGAUCCAGGAUCAACCUAUCGACCAAGGAAAAUAAUAAGAGACAUGAGAGAUGAACAUGGGGUAGGUGUAACAUACAAUAAAGCUUGGAGAGCAAAAACACUUGCAGCUGAUGAUGUUAGAGGGUCAAAUGAGGAAAGUUAUGCAUUGUUUCCUUCAUAUUUGUUUAAAUACAUGUUUAUUGCUUUUGGGGCUUCAUUACAUGGAUGGAAGCAAUGUAGACCAGUUAUAGUGGUAGAUGGAACAUUUUUAAAGACGAAAUGUGGAGGUACACUGUAUGCAGCUUGUGUUAAAGAUGGAAACAAUCAAAUUUUUCCGCUCGCCUUUGGAAUUGGGGAUUCAGAAAAUGACAAUGCAUGGAUAUGGUUCUUUACAAGACUAAAAGAAGCAAUAGGAGAACGAGAAAACUUGUGCAUAGUAUCUGACAGGCAUAAAAGCAUCAAAAAUGCAGUUGAACAAGUGUAUCCUGGUGUAUAUCAUGGAGUUUGUCUUUAUCAUUUGAAGCAAAAUCUAAGGACUAAGUUUAGGGGAUUACAUGUGCAUGCCAUAUUUGAAACUGCUUCAAGAGCGUACUCAGCUCAAGAAUAUUAUUCUGCCAUGGCUGAAUUACAGAAAAUUAGCCCUGAAAUGACCACUUAUCUUUUGGAAGCAAAACCAGAAAAAUGGGCUCGGCCAUUCUUUCCAACGAAGAGGUAUAACAUUCUUACAAGUAACAUUUCCGAAUCUAUAAAUGCAGCAAUUGUGCAUGCGAGAGAAUUUCCUAUAACGUCGUUAAUAGAAGCUAUAAGAGAGAUGCUUCAAAGAUGGUUUUCAACAAGAAAAGAAGCAGCAAUUAACCAAUUUGUUGAGGUGACAAAAUGGGCAAAUGAUGAAAUGGAGAUCAAACUUGAUGUGGCAUUUCGAAUGAAGGUAGAUGCAAUUGAUGCAAUGAAAUCUAGUGUCAAAUAUGGUGAUCGAGUGUUUGUUGUCGACUUGGAACAACAUAUGUGCACAUGUAAUGAAUUUCAACAAGAGGGAAUUCCAUGUGCACAUGCCAUUGCAACAAUUGAAAGCAAGUACUUGGACAAGUACAAAUUUUGCUCAAAUUGGUAUAAAAAUUCUGUUUUGAAAGAGACAUAUGCAGGAUCAAUUAAUCCUCUUCCAGAUAAAGAUGAUUGGAGUGUCCCAGAUGAAAUUAUAGGAGAUAGCAUGAAAGCUCCAAAAUUCAAAUCUAAAGACUAUAAAGAUGCAACGUUAUACAUAUUUGUUGCGUUGUGGACUUGUGGAUAA